AUGUCUCGACGCAGGAACACUAAGCGAAAGCGCGCCAAUGAUGUCUUCGAAGUUGACAUCAACGACAUACUCAACAACGAGCCAUUCGUUGCAUCCAUCGGACGAGUCUCUGCUGACGGACGCCGUGUCAGGAAUGAGGUAGUCUCCCUGCCCAUUUCGAAUGAGGUAGUCUCCCUGCCUAGGAAGCAGGCACGCUUGGAUCCUCCUAAUGUCCUGGCCGCAUCAUCUAAUGGAUUCGACUUCACCUUCUGUAUGAACGAAGACUCAUGGAAGUUUGAAGGCAAUGAAAAAACAAAGGCAAGACGCUACGCAUCAUCGGAUGAUCCUCUCAAGGAAUGGGUACCGGUGGCUGAAGGUGCCGGUCGAAGAGGAGCAGUCCCUGUUCAGGUGUCGCGAUUGCUUCCACUCCACCCUUUUGUGUUCCGCCUGCUGUAUCAGAAAGCAUGUUGA